AUUUCUGCCCCGGCGCAGCCGCACCAUCAACCCGGCAGCGUUGGGGCGAAAGAUGAAGAUUGUUUAGAUGUUGACUGGAGCAGAUUUAUGAGACAGAUUUGGCUUUUGUGCGGAAUCAUUUUGUAGGCGCGUAUCGGCAAGAAGCAGAGAAAGAGUAGAAUAGAGAUGUAGGCCGCUGGGCCUGCUUAGCGCUGUGUUUUGUUUCAUAUUGCGCGGGUUUACUGCUAGCGGCUGCUGCAUUACCAAUGUUUAACUGGUAGUUUUCAUUGCAAACUCAAUUCAUCCGUGAUCAGUGUGCGAACAUCGGGAGAUUGCCCAUGUUAACGAUUGUUGCUAAUGUCCAUUCAGAUGACCGAAGCUACACCGCCAAAUGUCAUUGUACCGUGGAUACAGCUGUGUAGACCAGGUGGCCCAUAAUGGACGAACACGUCGUUCACCAGACAGAACACAUGACCACCAUCGAGGCUGGUGCCGUCAGUCAACAGAUCCAGCAGGUUCAGGUACAUGUGGCCACAUUCACCGAAGCGUCCAUGAUGAGCGCUGACGAAGACUCAACGUCCUCACCAGAUGAUGAUCCUUAUGACGACACGGACAUCCUGAAUUCGGCUGGCACUGAUGAGAUCACCGCUCACCUGGCUGCAGCAGGGCCAGUAGGCAUGGCGGCUGCUGCUGCCGUGGCAACUGGGAAGAAAAGAAAGAGGCCUCAUAUCUUUGAAUCCAACCCCUCCAUCCGCAAGAGGCAGCAGACCCGUCUGCUCAGGAAACUCCGAGCCACUCUGGAUGAGUACACCACCAGAGUGGGCCAGCAGGCCAUAGUGCUGUGUAUCUCUCCCUCCAAACCCAACCCUGUGUUCAAGGUAUUUGGAGCUGCUCCUCUGGAGAAUGUGGUGAGGAAGUAUAAGGGCAUGAUGUUGGAGGAUCUGGAGAACGCUCUGGCUGAACACGCCCCCCCUGGUGGAGAUCUGGCCUCAGAGCUGCCCCCCCUCACUAUCGAUGGCAUCCCCGUCUCUGUGGACAAGAUGACCCAGGCCCAGCUGCGAGCGUUCAUCCCUGAGAUGCUGAAGUACUCGACGGGCCGGGGCAAGCCUGGCUGGGGGAAGGAGAGCUGCAAGCCGAUAUGGUGGCCUGAGGACAUCCCAUGGGCCAACGUCCGCAGUGACGUCCGCACCGAGGAGCAGAAACAGAGGGUGUCUUGGACGCAGGCGUUGCGGACCAUUGUUAAGAACUGCUACAAGCAGCACGGCCGGGAGGAUCUGUUGUACGCUUUUGAAGAUCAUGUAAUCACGACGACAACCACCACCCAGCACCACCACCACCUGACCAACGCGCAGAGUAUCGCUCACCUGGUGCCUUCACAAACCGUGGUACAGACCGUCAACAACCCCGACGGGACAGUCUCGCUCAUCCAGGUUGGCACGGGACACACAGUUGCCACCCUGGCAGAUGCCUCUGAGCUGCCCGGCGUGACGGUGGCGCAGGUCAACUACGCCACAGUGACUGACGGAGAGAUUGUUCCUUUCCAGGUGGAGCAGAACUGGGCCACCCUCCAGGGUGGUGAAAUGACAAUUCAGACCACUCAGUCCUCGGAGGCAACGCAGGCAGUCGCAUCUCUGGCAGAAGCCGCCGUCGCCGCCAGCCACGAAAUGCAGUCCGGAGCCACCGUCACAAUGGCUCUCAACAGUGAGGCAGCAGCCCAUGCUGUAGCGACGUUGGCAGAGGCCACUCUACAGGGCGGGGGGCAGAUUGUCCUGGCAGAGACAGCAGCUGCUGUUGGGGCCCUGGCAGGGGUCCAAGAUGCCACAGGUCUAGUCCAGAUCCCGGUCAGCAUGUACCAGACGGUGGUCACCAGCCUGGCCCAUGGCAACCGGCCCGUGCAAGUCGCCAUGGCACCCGUCACCACACGCAUAGAUAACACCGUGACACUCGACGGUCAGGCGGUGGAGGUUGUGACCCUGGAACAGUGACAAUGAUGAACCUGGAAAGAGUGGGAACGGCGGGAUGGCAUUCUUUGCCGAUCCGCUAGCCCUACUGGUUUCCAGCUUGAUGCUGUGUACAAUGUCAAAUAUAUUUUUAAAUGUACAUCUGCAGGGGAAGUGAGAGUUUACGAUGUAAAGAUAUUGCGUUUGUGGUGUAAUGUUUCUCCCAUUCAGCUUCUUUGUUCUGUUUUUUUUAGAUCUGUGAUGUUGAGUAUUUAGUAUUUAUUUCUUCACAAUUAACCUUUACUUAAAACAAUGAUGAACCAAAAAUCCUGGGAGCAAAGCCACCACUGAACCCCCCCCCCCCCCCCCAGUGUGUAACUAUCACUCUUCUCCAUUUACGUCGUCUUCGUACUUGACUGUUUUGAUUUAGGAGGUAUUUACACUUCAGUGCCAUAGAGAUCACUCCUCCUGUUUCCCAAAUCCUCAAUCAUAUUCUCGAUUCCUCUUCCACUCGUCGGAUCAGCGUCUGAGCGCAUGGACAUUUCUCACAUUGGAUACUGAGAUAUUAUGACGAAAUACCGUCUUGUGCUGUUUUACUGUAGUCCACGCACAGGCAAACGUUUGUGAAGACUCAGGACCUACAUCAGUGUUUUGUACUGCUGCACUGCUCAGCUGACUUCCUGAAGCAGCCAUUUUAUCGACCAUAUCAGGGCCCCCCCCCCCCCCCCCCGGUCUGUUAUUUUUUUAACAUGAACUUGUAUAUCACUCUAGUGGUCUGCAUCACGUUGUGAAUCACAGGAAGCUGCUCACACUGACUCUGGCUAAAGUGUGCAUGGCAAAUAUGAAAAAGGAUUUUCUUAUUCACACUUGAAACAACAAAAAUGAGUUUCACAGGAAUCGUCUCGAUCUGAAUCAGCUGUAACAGUGUCACAGUCUCACCACUAUUUAAAAAAUAAAGUGUAAUAAAAAGGCUGCUGUUCACCCUUCA